AUGGUGGAGAGUGAUUUAUUGAAUGGAGACAUUCCCGAGCACGAGUUAAAUUCAGAAGAUGAUAACAAUUUAGAGAUGCAAACAUCCUUAGAUGACCAAACGAAAGCUAGUGUUUCUAACACUUCCAUGGACCAGGAGGAAUGUACAAAUAAGAGGAUUAGACAUGAAGAAGAACAAACCGAAAAAUGGGAGAAAGCUGUUAAAAAAUCUAAGAAACGGAAUAUACCUAACAUGGAUUCAACAUCUGGACAAGCAAAAAGUCUCACGGAAAUAUGCAUAACGUGCAAGAACGCAUUACCUAAACGUUUUGCAUUAUCUAAGUUAUUUCGUGACCACGAUGUUGCGAACGUGUCCAAGGUCAAAUAUAUUAAUCCAUUCAAAGUGUUGGUACAAUUUGACAAAGAGGAAAGCGCGGAACGGUUUCUAUUAAACAAAGUGUUUGUCGAGAAGUAUGGAUGGAGGAGCUUGCGUACCUACGAAGUUGGUUUAUCAUACGGUAUCGUGCGAGACAUUGACCUUGGCCUUGAGGAAAAAGAAAUAAUGGAGAAUAUGAUAAGCGAUGUUGAAAUAGUAUCUAUUAAGAGAUUAAAUAAGAGGAAUACAGAGGAGUCUGGAUGGGUCGAGAGUGAGCUGAAAUUCAUAAUCCACCAUCAUUGUCUCCCGCUAAUCAAGAUCAGCGAAAACCACGACGAGUGCGGCGGCGUUUAA